GUCCUUAUUGCAAAGAGAGAAAAAAUGAAACCGUCGAUUUUAAUCUUAACAGUUUUCGUACUUCUCCUCCUGUUACCAACGGUGAUUCCACACGACUACUCGGAUGCUCUGUAUAAGUCAAUCCUAUUUUUCGAAGGUCAACGCUCCGGUCGACUUCCCAGAGAACAAAGGAUGUUGUGGCGUAGUGACUCUGCACUCAAGGACGGCGAAAACCUCAACACGGACCUCGUUGGUGGUUACUACGACGCCGGUGACAACGUUAAGUUUCAUUUUCCAAUGGCUUUUACGGCCACGAUGCUUGCUUGGAGUUCUAUCGACUUCAGUUGCUACAUGUCUGAGAAUGAUUUUAGUCACAACCUCGUAAAUAUCAAGUGGGCUACUGAUUAUCUCCUUAAGACUGUCUCACAACUCCCUCAUCGCAUUUUCGUCCAAGUAGGUGAAGCACAACCCGACCAUGAUUGUUGGGAAAGACCGGAAGAUAUGGAUACGCCACGAACCGCUUUCGCUAUAGAUGCACCAGGGCCAGCCUCCGAUCUAGCGGGUGAAAUCACUGCAGCUCUGGCAGCUGCUUCUAUCGCAUUCAAACAAUCGAGGCCUAUAUAUUCACAAUUAUUGCUCAGCAAAGCCAUACAAACGUUUCGGUACGCAGAUAUGCAUCGAGGUUCUUAUGCCGACAAUCAGAACGUGCACACCGCCGCUUGCCCUUUCUACUGCAGUAAUAAUGGAUAUAAGGAUGAGUUGCUCUGGGGAGCUGCUUGGUUGAGGAGGGCGACUGGUAGUGAUUAUUACCUAGAGUACUUGGUGAACAAUCGUGAAACUUUCGGUGUAGAUUACAAUUACUUGGACUUUGGCUGGGACAGCAAAUUUGGGGGAGCUGAUGUUCUCAUUGCUAAGGAAGUAUUUGAGAAGAAUGUGAGUGCGUUAACACCAUUUAAAGAUAUUGCGGAGAAAAUGAUGUGUGCAGUAUUUCCGGAAACCGCUGGUCCACACAUGAGUUACACACCUGGCGGUCUUCUUUACAAACCCGUUGGCAGCCAGCUCCAGAGCACGGCCGCAAUGUCUUUCGUCAUCCUUACCUACGCGGACUACCUCUCUAAAUCCUCUCAACAACUCAGUUGCGGUAACCUCAAGUUUCAAUCCGAUUCUCUUCGACGCAUAGUUAAACGACAGGUGGACUACAUUUUGGGAGAUAAUCCAAUGCACGUGUCGUACAUGGUUGGGUACGGUGAUCAGUACCCGCGACAGGUCCACCACCGUGGCUCGUCUAUACCGUCUGUUAAGGUUCAAAGCACUGCGUUCGGGUGCAUACUAGGAUGGAAUAUUUUCCAUUCAGACAAUCCAAACCCAAACAUUCUAGUAGGAGCGGUGGUUGGCGGGCCUAACGUAGAUGAUACAUUCGUUGGAAAACGGACAAAUGCUACCGACACAGAGCCCACGACCUAUAUCAAUGCACCUCUGGUUGGUGUCUUUGCCUAUUUUAAAAGCAAUCCCAACGUCGCUUGACUUCAGCUUUCUUUUCCCAAAUCUUCAACAUCUAUAAAGUAACAGUAAACCUUUUUAUAUAAAUCUUGAAAAUGUCU